AUGAAGAGAGAAAGGGAAGCCUUGUCCAGAGUCCCUAGUGCUCCAGGUUUCGUGCACUUAGUGUGCCUUCUUCUAAUCCACCCAGGUCUACUGGAAGGCGUCAAUAUCAGCAGCCCAGUUCUCCUCAUUCAUGGCACAGUUGGCAAACCUGCCCUGCUCUCGGUGAGGUACACCAGCACCAGCAGCGAUAAACCUGUGGUCAAAUGGCAGCUGAAGCGAGACAAGCCUACCACAGUGGUACAGUCCAUCGGCACCGAGAUCAUUGGCAACCUGCGCCCUGAUUACAAGGACCGGAUUAAAAUACUUGAGAAUGGCUCUCUGCUGAUCAGUCAACUGCAGCUGUCAGACGAGGGCACCUAUGAGGUGGAGAUCUCCAUCACAGAUGACACCUUUACCGGGGAGAAGAACAUUAACCUUACUGUGGACAUUCCAAUUUCAAAGCCUCAUGUUGUCCUUGCAUCAUCCACCGUGCUGGAGCUAAGUGAGUAUUUCACCCUGAACUGCUCCCACGAGAAUGGCACAAAGCCUACCUACACCUGGAUGAAGGACGGCAAGCCCCUCAGCAACGACUCACGGCUGCUUCUCUCCCACGAUCAGAAGGUGCUCACCAUCACAAAAGUCCUCAUGUCUGAUGAUGACAUUUACAGCUGUCUGGUAGAAAACCCCAUUAGUAGCGGGCGCAGCGUCCCGAUAAAGCUGACGGUGUAUAGAAGGAGCUCCCUCUACAUAAUCCUCUCCACUGGGGGCAUUUUCCUCCUCGUCACCUUGGUGACGGUCUGUGCCUGCUGGAAACCCUCCAAAAAAGACAAACAGAAGCUGGACAAGCAAAGCUCCUUCGAAUACAUGGAUCAGAACGAAGAGCAUUUAAAGCACGAAGUUGAGAUUGUCCCCCGCAGCGGAGAACAUGAACGCAGGAAUCCAGUCGCUCUCUACAUCUUAAAGGACAAAGAUUCUCCGGAGGCGGACGAGGAUUCCCCUCUGGAUGCCAGAACCGCAGCCGAGCAAGGACCGCCCAGCUACUCCAGCUCUCCUCCUGGCAGAUCCCCAGGUCCCCCUGUUCGAUCGGCUCGCCGAUAUCACCGCUCCCCAGCCCGAUCUCCAGCCUCCUCCAGAACACACAAAUCCCCGCCCAGGUCCCCAGGCUCUCCGGUGCGCUCCCGGAGCGCUACACGCAUGCUGCGGACUGCUGGCGUUCAUAUCAUCCGGGAGCAGGAGGAGGCCAACUCUGUCGAAAUCAAAGCCUGA